AUGAUCGCCGCUCAGGCCAAGCUGGUUUACCAGCUCAAUAAAUACUACACUGAGCGCUGCCAAGCGCGCAAGGCGGCCAUCGCCAAGACCAUCCGAGAGGUCUGUAAGGUGGUCUCGGAUGUGCUAAAGGAAGUGGAGGUGCAGGAGCCUCGCUUCAUCAGCUCCCUGAGCGAGAUCGAUGCCCGCUACGAGGGGCUGGAGGUCAUCUCGCCCACAGAAUUCGAGGUGGUGCUCUACCUAAACCAGAUGGGCGUCUUCAACUUCGUGGACGACGGCUCACUGCCCGGCUGCGCGGUGCUCAAACUGAGCGAUGGGCGGAAGCGGAGCAUGUCUCUCUGGGUAGAGUUCAUCACAGCCUCCGGCUACCUCUCGGCGCGCAAGAUCCGCUCACGUUUCCAGACGCUGGUGGCUCAGGCGGUGGACAAGUGCAGCUACCGGGAUGUGGUCAAGAUGAUCGCGGAUACCAGCGAGGUCAAGUUGCGCAUCAGGGAGCGCUACGUGGUGCAAAUCACUCCAGCGUUCAAGUGCACGGGUAUCUGGCCUCGCAGUGCGGCACAGUGGCCUAUGCCCCACAUCCCCUGGCCCGGCCCCAAUCGGGUGGCUGAGGUCAAGGCCGAAGGGUUCAACUUGCUUUCUAAGGAGUGCUACUCGCUGACCGGCAAGCAGAGCUCUGCGGAGAGCGACGCCUGGGUGCUACAGUUCGGGGAGGCUGAGAACCGCCUGCUGAUGGGCGGCUGCCGAAACAAGUGUCUCUCGGUGCUGAAGACGCUGCGGGACCGCCACCUGGAGCUGCCAGGCCAGCCGCUCAAUAACUACCACAUGAAGACGCUGCUGCUGUACGAGUGCGAGAAGCACCCGCGGGAAACGGACUGGGAUGAGGCGUGCCUCGGCGAUCGGCUCAACGGCAUCCUGCUGCAGCUCAUCUCCUGCCUGCAGUGCCGCCGCUGCCCUCACUACUUUCUGCCCAACCUCGACCUUUUCCAGGGCAAGCCCCACUCGGCCCUGGAAAGCGCUGCCAAGCAGACCUGGAGGUUGGCCAGGGAAAUUCUCACCAAUCCCAAAAGCCUGGACAAACUAUAG